AAUAAAGGUGAAAAAAAAAAAAAUUGUUAGGUUUGUUGCUUAUCACAAUGCAACAGGCAUACAGGGAAGGGCAACAGGCAUGCAGGGAAGGGCAACAGGCAUGCAGGGAAGGGCAACAGGCAUACAGGGAAGGGCAACAGGCAUACAGGGAAGGGCAACUGACGUUCCAGAACACUGACAUGUUCUAGACCUUCUCUCCGCUUCAGCUGUUUGUGACGUGGUCACUGGGAGGUAAGACAAGGAAAGAGAAAGCUGUAGAAGAAGUAAGGGGAUUGCGGAGUUAUGGUGCCGGGGGCAGGGCACCGAGGAAAACGUUAAAUAAAUAUAUAAUAGUUUUUAGGUAUACCGAAUUAUAUUAUUCCGUGGACCGGCUGUCACGAACUGCAUUCCAGAAGCUCUCCACAAUAAUUCAUUUCCAUUUUAAGAAGAGAGAGACAGAGACGGAAAGCAUUCGCUGUUACUUCUAAAAAGUGAGGUCAGUGAAGAAGAAGACAUGGUGGAUUAUUAUGAUGUUCUGGGAGUGUCACGAAGCGCCUCUCCGGAGGAUAUCAAGAAGGCGUAUAGGAAGCAGGCUCUGCGAUGGCACCCAGACAAGAACCCAGACAACAAGGAGGAGGCAGAGAGGAAGUUUAAGGAGCUGGCUGAGGCCUAUGAAGUUCUGUCAGACCGCUCCUGUAGACAACCUGCUCCGGAAAAUUUCCCAGUGUUCACAUUCCGCAGUCCAGAGGAAGUGUUUCGGGAAUUCUUCGGAGGCCAGGAUCCUUUCGCCAAUUUCUUCGAUGAGAAUUUCGUUGAAAAAGAGUUCAACAGUGGCUUCCAUGGACAUCCUGGCACCUCGAGGCUCGGCCCCAGUCCCUUGUCCUCCUUCCCCUCCCCCUCCGCUGGAGUGCAUGACUUAACCUCUUUCUCGUCCUCCAUGGGUGGAAUGGAUGGGAUGGACCGCAUUGGAGGAAGGAUGGAGUAUUUCAAGUCUGUCUCCACUUCUACGCGCGUCAUCAACGGCAAACGCACCACCACCAAGAAGUCAGUUCUCUGUUCUGGGGGUGUGGUGGUGGUAGAGGCGGCGAAGGCGCAGGGUGAGGUUGUGGGUGUGGUUGGGGUGGGGAGGGUGGUCCCAGGCCCAGGCCAGCUUAGAACACCAGAGGAGAGGUCAGGGGACAUGUCACCACACAGCAGCCCAUCUCCGCUGAACCACAGGGAGCUACCAGAGGGGGUCCCAGAGCCUCCUACACACCUCCUCAACCACCUCCAGGAGCAGAGAGGCACUGGGGAUCCUGCUGCUAAAACCACCAGCAGCAGCACUGUAAAAAUGAAAAAUAAGUGUUGCUGUGUGGUGUGUUGAGUUUAUGGUGUGUGUGUGUGUGUGUUGAUUGUAUGGUUUGUGUGUAUGUGUGAGUGAGUGAGUGUGAUGCUCAGGGCAGAGGACAGACAGGAGACCACUGGUCUCAGUUCUACUCUGGUGUUAUGCUGACAAUGACCAUCAUAAAGUAUACUGUAUAUUAUAAACUGGUUCGUUUGACCCCUAAAUGCUGAUUGGCUGACAGCCGUGGUAUAUCAGACCGUAUACCACAGGUAUGAAAAAAAUGUUUAUUUUGACUAAUUACAUUGGUAACCAGUUUAUAAUAGUAAUAAGGCACCUCGGGGGUUUGUGAAAAAUGGCCAAUAUACCACGGCUAAGGACUGUAUCCAGGAACUCCGCGUUGCAUAGUGCGUAAGAACAGUCCUUAGCCGUGGUAUAUUGGCCAUAUACCAUACCUCCUCGGGCCUUAUUAAAAACAAUUUCAAAUGUCAUUUUUUUGAAUAUUCGAAACGUACAAUAUACUUGCAGUGAAGCCGCUCAAUAACUACAUCAUAC